AUGUCGGAGAAGUUUGAGAUUAUGAACAUGAACGUGAAGCUGGGGACAACCCUGACGAUCAAGGGCAAGAUCGCUGAUGGUGCCAAUGGAUAAGUGAGCUUUGCAAUUAAUUUGGGCCAGGCGACAGAUAUGCUGGACUUGCAUUUCAACCCACGCUUCAACGAAUCCACCAUCGUCUGCAACUCAUGGGAUAGCAGCAAGUGGGGACAAGAGCAACGGGAAAAUCACCCGUGCUUCAGCCCAGGGUCAGAUAUCAAGUUCACCGUGAACUUUGAGAGUGACAGAUUCAAGGUGAAGCUGCCAGAUGGGCACCAGUUGACCUUUCCCAACAGACUGGGCCACAGCCAGCUGAGCUACCUGAGUGUGCAGGGUGGGUUCAACAUCUCCUCCUUCAAGCUCGACUGA